AUGGCACAACCUGGCUCGUAUAAUUCUAAUAAUUCCACCUCGGAUUUGAAUAAAAUUGUCCUCGAUUACCUGUAUAGAAAAGGGUAUUCUAGGACAGAGGCAAUGCUGAGGUUGGAAAUCUCUAGUGUAGGUGCAAUUCCGGAAGAGCAACAAGAUUGGAAUAUCGGUGCACCAGAAACUUAUAUCCAGGUAUACAUUCUUCUCAGAGAUUGGAUCGAUGGGACUUUAGAUCUCUACAAGCCUAAACUCCAAAAGACACUUUAUCCAGUGUUUGUCCAUUCUUAUCUAGACUUACUACAAAAAAAAGAAAAAGAAAUGGCAACAUUCUUUUUUGACUCUUUUCGUGUAGAGCAUGAAGUUUUACAUGGUCAUGACAUUCGUUUACUUGAUGAACUGAAGACAAACUCCGAUGCAGACGAAAGCGAAAUUUCCCAAUUGUACAGAAAGAAUAAAUAUAGAAUUAAUUUAACGAAAGCAACCUUUGACUUGCUGGUUCAGUUUCUUUUUGACAAUGAAGCUAAUGGAAGUGGAAUUAUAAUCCGCCUUUUAAAUCAGUACAUUGAUAUCAAAAUAAUAUAUGCGAAAACAAAUGAACCUUCGAAACCGGACGCUCAAACUAUACUUGAGCUAAAUGCUGAUCAGAAAAGCAUAGUUGUUGAAGAGCAACCCGAAGGAAUUCCUGGUCAUUCAGAACAGUUGUUUGACUACAACAAGCAAAAUAUUUAUCUUGGAAAGAGAAAAAUACCCGAAGAACUACUUCCCGAAAUCAAAGCAGUACUAGAAGAACGGGAUAAAGGUCUUCAGGAAAAGCCAUUUCUUGCUACUACCCAUCCGUCAUUAACGUUAGAAGAAUUAUUCGAGAAAGAACAGAAGAGUAUUGCUGAAAACAUCGAUAGUGUGCCACCCGAUCUACCUUUACCCUCUUUGCGCAUAAAAGACAUUGAAGCGUAUGUUUCUUCCUUAGACAAUCGGCGUAACUCGCUGCAACUAGGAAAAGAUGGCACCCCACCAAGUGUUUUCAUGUAUACUAUGCAUAAUACCUAUUCGUCUCUAAACUGUGCAAAAUUUUCUCCUGAUGCUUCCAUGUUUGCAACAGCGUAUGCAGAUUCCUCAGUUCAACUACACAUGUCAAAUAAUCUCGGUCCUCAGGCUUUAGUGGGCAAUCAAAACGAACCCCUGGAUACAAUUAAACUUAUAGGACAUACAAGACCAGUAUUUGGCGUUAGUAUUUCUCCAGAUAAUGAAUAUGUUCUUUCAUGUUCAGAAGAUGGGUUUAACCGUCUUUGGAGCAAAGACACCCAAACCACUCUUGUCAAAUACGCAGGACAUAAUGCACCUGUCUGGGACAUUUGCUUUUCCCCGUAUGGUUAUUAUUAUGCUAGUGCUUCUCAUGACCAGACUGUUCGUUUGUGGAGUAUCGAGCACACUGCCCCUCUCCGAGUUUUCGUCGGUCAUCAAAACGAUGUCGAUUGUCUCUCCUUUCAUGAAAAUGCAAACUACAUAGCUACUGGAUCAAGCGAUCAUACUUGUAGAUUAUGGGAUAUACGUACCGGUAACACUGUACGAGUUUUCACAGGACAAAAUUCCUCUGUGUCGUCAAUAGCCUUAUCACCCGAUGGAUUAUUAAUGGCAUCUGCGGAUGAUACCGGAUUUGUUCAUUUAUGGGACUUACGUACUGGCUGCAAACUACAAGUGUUUGAAAAACAUCAGAGUCCAGUCUACUCCCUUGCAUUUUCGUACGAUAAUACGACUCUGGCAACUGGAGGUGCUGAUACCGAUGUCAAUGUUUGGGAUAUUAAGGGCUUAAAUAGUAAAGCGGAAUCUGCUGAAGACAAUUUAUUGUACAACUUUAAAACGAAAGAAACGAUUGUUUAUGAUUUACAAUUCACUGAGAGGAAUUACUGCUUAGGGUUGAGUGCUACCUAA